AUGACCCCACGUGAGCAGCUCAGGAAGAUCACAGCACUGGGCGAGCAGGGUGCCCUUGAUGAGAAGCACUGGUACAGACUGGUCAAUGGCAUGUCUGCUGGAGAGUUGCGGCAGAGGCAGGAGCUCAUGAUGAGGAACCAGAUGGCCAUGGCUCCACAGAUCCUGGCUCAGGGGCAACAGAGACUGCAGGGUGUGCCCGCACAGUUCGAUCCCCGCUUCAUGGAAAGGGAACUGGUGCCGCCCACUGACAUGGUAUCAGCUGAUGCUAGACAGAUCCACAUGGGCGCCCACCUCGGCCAACAACUGCCCCCAAACUCCAAUGUUAUUCCAGGCAGAGGAUAUCCCGGUACAGGUUACAACUUCCUUCCAACUGAAAGCAUGGAGACAGUUGCCAGGCGACAGGAGUUAAUUCACAAGCAGAACAUAGCCAGGAUGGAGAUGAAUGCUAUCCUGCACCAAAAAGAAUUGGAAAACGCCCACCAAAAGGGUCUUAUUAGUAUUGAGAAUCCCAUGAUGUACCAGGGCAUCCAACCCAAUCCAAUGGCCUUCAGGGGCCGUCAGAGACUCCCAGACGGUCACGAUGUGUUCGUCCACCGCACUGCUCUCGAAGACCUGCACGCCAACAGUCUCCUCAUGUCAAGUCCUUACCCACCCAUCAGCACACUGCAAAGGGAGCGAGGGCGCAGGACAGGCCGGAGGACCACCAAUCACAAGAGCUCAGACAGCAACAUCACUCUCCCCAAGGGCCAAUCAGAAGAGAAGAACAUCGAGCAGAGUCCAGGAGCAGCUUCGGGAGAGGAAAAAGAAGCUGAAGGAAAAGGAAGUGACGCCACCAGCAGCAAACCACACCAAACCAAAGCCGAAACAGAGCUGUCUUCUGGUGGCAGUAGGAAAGGUUUUAAGGAAGGAGAGCCUGGGAUUCGCAAGGCGUGCAUUAGUGGACAGGAGGGAUGCGCAGAAGUCAGCAACUGCAAUGCAAGCACCAGUGAUAAAGACAUGUCCAACCCGUGCUCAGCUUUUCAAGACAAGUUUCUUUACCCGUCUGCCUCUGGUCCACUCACAGGAAUGCCCUACAUGCUCCCUGUGCCAGGAAACGGACUUCUGCCGCUUGGACCUCCUAAUAUGUUUCUCAAUGGAGAAGAGAUGUCUUCAUCAGAAGAUAUUCGCAAGUGGACAGUUGAUGACGUCUACAGCUUUAUCAGUGAAAUACCAAGCUGUGCUGAAUAUGCACAGACUUUUAAAGAUCACAUGAUUGAUGGAGAGACGUUGCCUCUUCUUACAGAGGAUCAUCUUCUAGAUACACUUGGGCUAAAGCUCGGACCUGCGCUCAAGAUACGCUCACAGCUGUCCCGGCGGCUGGGUAACAUGUUUUACAACAUGAUGAAUUUGCCGCUGCCCGUCUCUGGCCUUCAGCCUCCACCAGAGAAGAGUGUGGACCGAUCGUCAGACAUCAGCUCUCCGCUCAACUGCAACAGUGUGGAGAUGCUCAGCAGCCCCAGAGACACUGACGCUCUUAAAGCUGCAGAGCCUGUGAGUGAGGCUGACAAUCCCUCGCCGAGCCAGAUGAGCGAGACCACCUAA